AUGUCAUUUAGGGAAGGAAGAAAGCAUGAGAUAGGAGAAAAUAGCCUUCUCUCUCUCUCCUUCACCCGAGAACAAACGCUAAAAAUGGAGGCCGAGAGGAAGGAAGAGGGAUUCGAGGUAAGGAUAGGGUCGUGCGUGUCAAAGAGAGGUGCUGGACGGGAAGCCGCCGCUACGGCGGCGAGGAGGCUCCCGUCGCAGCACCUAAGCGGAAGCCUAAGCUCUUCAGCCGCCGGCUACGGCGGUGAACCGUCGGAUCAAUCCGAUAUCGGCGGUGCGAAGAUGAAGGGGCUUUUCAAGUCCAAGCCUCGAACUCCCGCUGACCUCGUCCGACAGACGCGCGAUCUCCUCCUCUACGCCGAUCGAUCCACCUCUUUGCCUGACCUUCGUGAAUCCAAGCGCGAAGAAAAGAUGGCGGAGCUAAGCCGGAACAUCCGUGAUAUGAAGUCGAUCCUCUACGGGAACAGCGAGGCCGAGCCUGUCGCUGAAGCUUGUGCCCAGUUGACUCAAGAGUUCUUCAAAGACGACACACUACGCCUCUUGAUCACAUGUCUCCCCAAUCUCAACUUGGAGACGAGGAAAGAUGCUACACAAGUUGUUGCAAAUCUACAGAGGCAACAAGUCAAUUCACGGUUGAUUGCUUCUGAUUAUCUAGAAGCUAACAUCGAUCUCAUGGAUGUUCUGAUAGAUGGCUUUGAGAACACGGACAUGGCUUUACACUACGGUGCUAUGUUUAGGGAGUGCAUUCGCCAUCAGAUUGUUGCCAAGUAUGUUUUGGAGUCUGAGCAUGUGAAGAAGUUCUUCGAUUACAUACAGCUUCCUAACUUCGACAUUGCUGCCGAUGCAGCUGCGACUUUUAAGGAACUUCUGACAAGGCAUAAGUCUACUGUUGCCGAGUUUCUCACCAAGAAUGAAAACUGGUUUUUCGCUGACUACAACUCAAAGCUUCUUGAAUCAACUAAUUAUAUAACCAGACGGCAAGCUAUUAAGUUGUUGGGUGAUAUAUUGCUGGAUCGAUCAAAUUCAGCUGUGAUGACGAGAUAUGUGAGCUCAAGGGAAAACUUGAGGAUUCUUAUGAAUCUUCUGAGAGAGUCAAGCAAGAGCAUCCAGAUAGAAGCAUUCCAUGUUUUCAAGCUGUUUGCAGCGAACCAAAACAAGCCUGCAGAUAUAAUCAACAUUCUUGUGGCAAACAGAAGCAAGCUUCUGAGAUUGUUGGCUGAUUUGAAACCAGACAAAGAGGACGAGAGGUUUGAAGCGGACAAAAGUCAGGUGUUGAGAGAAAUCGCAGCCCUUGAGCCGCGAGAUCUUGCUUGAAUUAACCAACAGAAAUCGUCCUUCCUUCCCUUUUUAAAACAUUCGAAAGACAUUUUUGGAGCAUCAAAGUUUGUUGUUGUAUUUUUUAUUAGGUAACCAAUCUCUCUCUCACUUUCUCUUACACACACACACACACAGAGACCAGAUAUUUGUUCGUUUAUGUAUUCUCUCACUUGUACACUUUUCACUGUUGAUGAAAUAAAAUGCCUUUGUUAAACGCGUAUAAGUUCACAUGUACACAUCGUGAAGGUGUAACAAGAGUGCAAGUGUCACGGCUUCAGGAGCCGUUCAACAACUAUUAAACAUCAAAUGUAUUACUUUUAAUCUAGCAAUAUAUAUGUUAGAAAUCCCGAACGCAAACCAAAAUUAACCAACAGAAAAUCGAUACAUAACCAGAAGAACCAGAAAAUUUCAUCUAAUCUAUAAACCAACAAACCAUUUCUAUGCGUAUUGAGACCGGCCAUCGUUUCCAAGCUGAGCCGUUUUUGCAGAUUUCUCUGCCUUUCCUCUCUUUAUGACUACGUACCAAGUAAACGCUUCGAGCACGGCUGCGACUAUUCCCAGUACCACGAUAAUAGCGGUGUAAGCGUUUCUCCACUGCUUCUCAGGUCUCAAGAUGUCUAGUCCUUUGAAAACGUUCACCAAAGCCAGGAUGAUCACGGUGUAGCCUAUCGUGUGAUGGUAUAUAUUCCAGUAGACUCUGUACUUGUGCUCUGGUUUGGGUCUCAGAAACAUGGCAAACACCUGAACUGUUGCAAGGCAGAAGAGAGCGAUCCCGAUGGCACGGUGAGCGGUAAACUGAAUCCCAGCUGAUUCGCCGCCGAGCUUGAGACCAGUGGCCCAACCGGCGACACCAGUGAUAUAAGCAGAAGACUGGCAGAAAACGUGAAGGUAGAACCAAGCAGGGUCUGCUGAUUUGGCGACUCUCAAGUAUCGAGCAAUAAUUGCUCCUAGUGGCAUCAUUAUUCCCCAACUCACUCCGUUCAAUAUUCCAUGUAUGUUGCGUUUUCUAAGCUUGGACUUUCCUGUUCCUCCUCCUGCGGCGGAUCCAGAUGCACCGGAGAUGAUAUUCAGAGUGGAAACAGAGCGGAUAUUGUUGCCAGAAGUUGGAUGAGGCAGAGGAUUGUUCCCUGAAAGAGAUCCAUCUUGCCACACCGUAUUGAUGUUUCCACCAUUCGCAAGAGGGAGAUUCAGAGUUGCGAAGAUGACCAUCUCGUUGUUUUGGUAAGUAGCAGACAAGUCAGUGACGUUGAAACUAAGCACGGCUUCUUGGAGACUCGUCUGGUAGCUGCUGAUGGGUGAAGUGUACGCUCUAAUGGCGCCGUCUGAUUGUGGAUAAGCCACUAUGGCUUGAGCUCCGACCAUGCCCGUGGACGUCGGGUUCACGGCCCAUGCCACCCAUUUCCCUGGGGUGAGGUUUGUGUGGCGAUAAGCGAUUUGGAGAUUCCCGGAAGAAGAGUCGUAAGUGUAGUGGAGGAAAGAAUCAAGGACAGGGAGGUUGUUACAGGACUUAAAGAGACGGUUGCUGGAGAAUUUGUACUUGGAACAUGUCUGAGCCAAGGCGGAUUCGGCGAUGAUGAAGAUGAAAACAGAGAGACGGAGGAGAACAUUUGAUGAUUUGGCCAUGGAUAUAUUAGGAAGAAAGAACAGAACCUUGAGUUAAGAUUGGAGGAAGGAGAAUGAAAUGAGUAUGAAGUGGAAGAGAGAAGAAGAAUAUUAAGAAUGAAAAGAAAGUGGGACAAGUAGUGUUAGGUUUGUUGGUUAAUCUGUCUUAGUACAGAAUCUCUAAUUCUCUUCAUCC